AUGGAAUUCGAUAGACUGUUUACUGAGAAAAACCAUCCGAUGAGACGAAUAUCUGAUGUCACAAUGACUGUCCAUCCACCAUUUGAAAAUGAUGACAUUGUUGAAAUAGCUCGUUCACGCCCUCCUCCUUCACAGAAAAAGCCAGCGCCUCCGAAAAAACCAAGAAAGAAAGAAGAGUUUUUUCCUCAUAUCAAAGUGCCUGUGGUGCCAAGACCAAGACCACCACCAAGACCGAAGCCAAAACCGAAACCAAAAAAAACACCAGGUUCUUCUCACGCUGCUGCUGCUCUCAAAGCGGCUUUAGAAACACCUGCGGAACCCUAUAUAUCUGUUUUGACGGCUGAAGGUUUUGAACACUAUAUGGAGGUUUUUCGCCGAAGACCACCAGUCGACCUGGAGUUCCUUAACAAACCAGUUUUUGGGGCUGGUCUUGCAGUUCCACUUGCACCAACUUCAGCUGUUCAAGUUUCUGACACUCUGACUUCUCAAAAAGUGGAUAGACCUCCAUCUAAUGGCAACUCGUUUGUUACACCAACUAGAGAAUCUUCAAGAGUUGGCCCUAUGGAUGAGAUUAGAGAGCAGAAUUCAGGACAGGCUAUGAUGGAAGCAUGUGAACCAGAAAUUCCUGGAAUUGUGCGUUGUAACCCAACCGGUCAACUACAUCGAACAUGCUUACAUAACUACGCAAUAGAAGUAUAUCCGCAGAACAGACCGUGGUUAAUGAAUGUUGAAGAAAAACGAGACAGUUCAGGUCAAAUUACCCCGCCAGCAAGCUUUUCCCAUAUGCCGGAACCAGCUGCAACUCAACCAGUUUUUCCUGCACAACCAAUUCGCCCAAUACCAAUUCUGAGCUACGGAUUGGCAUCUUGGGUUAUAACUAAACAGAGUCAACUUCAAAAUUUACCAAGUCUUACUGGAAAUAUUCCGAAGCAACCAACAUACAAUAGAUGA